CUUAUGUCCUUUCGAUUUCGAUACUGUUUCUCAUAAACCCAACCCAUGACGCAGGAGGAACCCUAGGGGCGACCCGGAGCAGCUAACUUGACCCCGGCCGCAACCGCGCCACCUUCCCAUGGCGUCUGGAUCCACCAUAAUGGACCCCAUCUGCCUGGUGGAAAACCAGAACAAUCAGCUGACAGUAAAUCCAAAAGCACUGAAGAUUCUUGACCAGAUUUCUCAGCCUGUGGUGGUGGUGGCCAUUGUAGGGCUGUAUCGGACGGGAAAAUCCUUCCUGAUGAACCGCCUGGCAGGGCAGAACCACGGUUUCCGUCUGGGCUCCACAGUGAGGUCUGAAACUAAGGGCAUCUGGAUGUGGUGUGUGCCCCACCCCUCCAAGGAGAGCCACACCCUGGUCCUUCUGGACACCGAGGGCCUGGGUGAUGUGGAAAAGGGUGACUCCAAGAAUGACUCGUGGAUCUUUGCCCUGGCCGUGCUUCUGAGCAGCAUCUUUGUCUACAAUAGCAUGAACACCAUCAACCACCAGGCCCUGGAGCAGCUGCACUACGUGACCGAACUAACAGAGCUAAUCAGGACAACAUCUUCUGCCAGCUCUGAUGAAGUACAGAACUCAAACGAGUUUGUGAGUUUCUUUCCAGACUUUGUUUGGGCUGUACGGGAUUUCAUGCUGGAGCUGGAGUUAGAUGGAUACCCCAUCACUGAAGAUGAGUACUUGGAGAAUGCCUUGAAGUUGAUUCCAGGCGAGAAUCCCCAAGUCCAAAAUUCCAACAUGCCAAGAGAAUGUAUCAGGAAGUUUUUUCCAAAAAGAAAGUGCUUUGUCUUUGACCGGCCUACAAGUGACAAAACAUUAUUACUCCAUAUUGAGGAAGUGCCAGAUAACCAACUGGAUGAGAAUUUCCAGAAGCAAUCAAACCAUUUCUGCUCAUAUAUCUUUACCCAUGCAAAACCCAAGACCCUAAGAGAAAGAAUCACUGUCACAGGGGGAGGGUUGGGGACUCUGGUGGUGGCCUACAUAGAUGCCAUCAACAGUGGAGGAGUUCCUUGUUUGGAGAACGCAGUGAUAACUCUGGCCGAGCGUGAGAACUCAGCGGCCGUGCAGAAGGCAGCCGACCACUACAGUGAGCAGAUGGCCCAGCGACUGAGGCUCCCCACGGACACGCUCCAGGAGCUUCUGGAGGUGCAGGCAGCCUGUGAGACGGAAGCCAUUGCAAUCUUCUUGGGGCGCUCCUUCAAGGAUGACAAGCAGACAUUCCAGAAGAAGCUGGUGGACAUCAUGGAGAAAAAGAAGGACGUUUUCAUGAUCCAAAAUGAAGAGGCCUCUGUCAAACAUUGUCAGGCUGAGCUUAAGAAGCUUUCAGAAUCCUUGAUGACAAGUAUUUCAGGAGGAACUUUCUUUGUCCCUGGAGGACACAGUCUCUACUUAGAAGCAAGGAGCAAGUUUGAACAGGACUAUAAACUGGUUCCCAGGAAAGGAGUUAAGGCAAAUGAGGUCCUCCAGAGCUUCCUGCAGUCCCAAGCAGGAGUAGAGGAAGCCAUCCUGCAGGCAGACAAAGCCCUCACUGAUGGAAACAAGGCCUUGGCAGUUGAGUGUGCCAAGAGGCAUGCAGCUGAGAGGGAACAGCAGCUGCUAAGAAAGAAACAGAAUGAAGAGAAGCAAAAAAUGGCGGCACAAAAGAGAAGCUUCAAGGAAAACAUGACCCAACUGGAAAAGAAGAUGAAUAGGGCAAGAGAAAACCUUCUAGAAGAGCAGGAAACAACGCUGAACCACAAGCUGAAGGGAUUCUCCUUUUUGCAGAUGCAAGAAGAACUACUUACAGAAGGAUUUAAAAAGCAAGCUGAAGAGUUAAAUAAAGGGAUAGAAAAACUAAAAGCAGCCAUUGAAAUAACUAAAAAUAAGUCCAUAAAUGUUUCAGAGGUCCUUGAUGUGGUUAGCAUGGCAUUAGUUGCAGUACUACCUGGGAAUCGUAAAUUAUUUGCUAUGGGAGUGAAACUUCUCAGUCAUGCUAUGAAAAGGGCUGAGAAUCCCUAUUAAGUAUAUCUUGAAAGGCUUCUUAUGUUUUAAUAGUGUAACACUGUAGCUCAUUUUUUAAAUAUGUUGUCAUGACAGUUUUGUUGAAGAGGAGUUUAAAAAUAAAAACUGAUUACCAGAGAAUUACCAAAGUGAUUACCAGGGCCUGAAAUGCAAAAAGAACAAACAAUUUUGAGAAUUAGUUAAGUUAAAGAAAUGGAAAACAAGUUGGAGGAUAAUGAUUAAUUAUAGAAAAGUGUUAAGAAGAGCAAAAAACCAAAUGGUAAGAGGAAGAACAGUCGCAAUCUAUGAUACAGUCAUGGAGAUCAAUUCAUUAAGUUAUAAGGAGCCCUUAUAAAUCAGUGAGGAAAGAGCAACAAACACAAUAUUUUAAAUGUGCGAAAAUAUACCAAGAGAAUAAGUGUGUUCAACUUUACUGAUUAUAAAUGAUGUACAAGGUAAAAUCAGGAGGUAUCUGUGUCACCUCUCAGAUGGGCCAGGAAGUACAGUUUGGACAGGGCACCAGCUAGCAAGAGUUCCAGGAAGUUGGCAGUCUCUGAUAUUUGCUAGGGAGAGUGCAAACUGAUGCAAAUAUAUACCAAAAUUUUAAAUGCAAAUACUGCUGAUACAGAAGUCCACAUUUAGGAAUUUAUCUUACAGAUUUAUUUACCCAAGUUGAAAAUGGCUUGUGUAGUAGUAUAUUUGUUGAAGGAUUGUUGUAAUUCCAGAAGAUUGGAAACAACUUUCAAGUCUCUCUGUCACAUACUUGUGAAGUAAAUCCUGAGACACACUUACAAAGGAAUACUCUACAGUCACUGAAAUGGAAAGGGAAACUCUUAUUUGUGCUAACAUGAGAAAAUCUCAAGAUGCAGAAAGUGUGUAUAGUUGUAUUACCAAUUUAAAAAAAUAAUGAGGGGGCUUCCCUGGUGGCGCAGUGGUUGAGAGUCCGUCUGCCGAUGCAGGGGACAUGGGUUCGUGCCCCAGUCCGGGAA